GCCGGAGCGCUCCACGCGCCCCCAAAGCCUGUUUUUCCCUUUUAUGUAAGGUGUUCCAAACAUGUUUGUAACAACCCCCCCCGGUGAUGCACCUUUGGCAAAAGUGGUUUUGGGUCCAAAGAUCGGUGCUGGGACAAGUGACCUGCCCGCGGCAAACAAGAGCCCGCAGAGUAUAAAACCCCGGCGGCACGGUGGAGCGCGGGAGAGCCGGAGCCGCGCCGAGGCGCAGCAGCUGGAGGGGAGGAUGGAGGCCAGCAUGAACCUCCUGCACGACAUGGGCAUCCAGGCGACGCACUGGCUGCAGCAGCACUUCCAGGGCUCCCAGGACUGGUUCCUCUUCAUCUCCUUCGCCGCCGACCUCAGGAACGCCUUCUUCGUCCUCUUCCCCAUCUGGUUCCACUUCAGCGAGUCGGUGGGCAUCAGGCUCGUCUGGGUGGCCGUGAUCGGCGACUGGCUCAACCUCGUCUUCAAGUGGAUCCUCUUUGGGGAGAGACCGUACUGGUGGGUCCACGAGACGGACUAUUACAGCAACACCUCUGCUCCGGAGAUCCAGCAGUUCCCGCUCACCUGCGAGACCGGCCCCGGGAGCCCCUCUGGCCACGCCAUGGGUGCAGCAGGCGUGUACUACACCAUGGUGACGGCCCUCCUCUCUGCUGCCAUGGGGAAGAAGCGGUUGAGGACACUUAAAUACUGGGUGCUGUGGACGGUGCUUUGGACGGGGUUCUGGGCAGUUCAGGUCUGCGUCUGCCUGUCCCGAGUCUUCAUUGCCGCCCACUUCCCCCAUCAGGUCAUCGCGGGGGUCAUCUCAGGGAUGGCCGUGGCCAAAACCUUCCAGCACGUCCACAGCAUCUACCACGCCAGCCUCCGCCAGUACCUGGGCAUCACCUUCUUCCUCUUCAGCUUCGCCAUGGGCUUCUACCUGCUGCUGCGGGUACUCGGCGUGGACCUGCUGUGGACGCUGGAGAGGGCGCGGAACUGGUGCGCCCACCCCGAGUGGGUCCACAUCGACACCACCCCCUUCGCCAGCCUCCUCCGUAACCUGGGCAUCCUCUUCGGGCUGGGGCUGGCCCUCAACUCCCACAUGUACCUGGAGAGCUGCCGGGGCAAGCAGGGCCGGCAGCUGCCCUUCCGCCUGGGCUGCGUCGCCGCCUCCCUCCUCAUCCUGCACCUUUUCGACGCCUUCAAGCCGCCCUCCCACAUGCAGCUGCUCUUCUACAUCCUCUCCUUCUGCAAGAGCGCGGCCGUGCCGCUGGCCACCGUCGGCCUCAUCCCCUACUGCGUCUCCCAGCUCCUGGCCACGCAGAACAAGAAGGCUGCCUAGUCUGGUAACGCUGUGCCCGGGCUCGGGGGCAGCCGUCGGACCAUGGGUGCCCCCACCCACUGUUUGCUCCCCGCUAAACCCGCACAGACUGACUCCACUCGGGAGCGGACCGCGAGGGCCGGGCUGGCGGCGGUGCUGGGUGGCUCCCGCGGCACGGACCCACGAUGCCAGUCGUGCCCGUAGGCUCGGGCGGUCUGCGGCCAGCUGAUGGGCAGCACAGGGCUCUCCUGCUGCCCUUCCCGUGCCCACGGGUGGAGGGUCACCAGCCCGGGAUGCGGCGGCAGCGGGGGGAAGACCCUGUGCUCCCCUGCAGCUCAUGGGGACGUGCCACCUCCAAGCUGCAGGGCCGGGCACGGCAGCACCGGGAGCAGGGGGCUCACCCGCGGGUGCUCGGGGUCUGCCGGCGAGGCGGCUGUUACAGGAACGGGCGGACACUGUGACUUGGAGACAAGGCACCGGCUUUUGCGGGAGCGCCCCCAGCCCCGGGGUGUUCAGUAUUCACUGCGGUGUGCAGUACCGCGGGGUACGCCAAUGCAUAUGUGUGUAUACGCGUGCGACGCGCAUCUAUAUACACAUAUACAUAUGGGCGUCUCUGCAAACGAGGUAUUUAAUUAAAGCCGAGGCUGUGUUUA